AUGGAAUCCACUCGAGACGCAAUUGUGGAAAUGAUCGACGAAUUUGAAGAAAAUGAACAGGGAAUUUCGGGGAUAAAAGGGAAUCAAGAGUCGAAUGACUCUUUAAAAUGUCGAGUUUGUGGGAGAGAGCCGGCUUCAUACAAUUAUGGAUCGAUCACUUGCACUAGUUGUAAAGUGUUCUUCCUGCGAGCCACCACUUCUGGCGCUCGAGCGGCUGAAUGUCAGAAUCGAAAAUUGUGCGAGAAACAGGAUUUUCGUGGGAAAGGUCGUUCUAAAUGCAUUCCUUGCCGCUACACGAAAUGCAUUAAAGUGGGAAUGAUACCAGAAAUCACAGCACGUCGUCAAGGUUGCAAAUUGCGCGAGAAACGAGCCAAUGUCGGCUUUCGAUUGAAGAAAAACGGGAAAAUUUUGACGCAAUUCGAGCCCGAGUCUUUCACUCGCGCCACCCCGUCGCCUGAUUCUAGAGAACUCCAACUCGUAGCAAAGACUUUCAAAGCCCCGAGCAUUCCGAAUGAUAUGAAAACGAUUUGGGAUUUGAAAGGACUUGUGGAAUUGGAUAGAUUUCUUCAAAACGAUCAACCCUGCACCUCGGUGAAGUUUGAUUUCAAAUACAAGUUGAACUGCUCAAUGCGAGAUGUGCUCAACAAUCCGACAACGAUUUGCGCCAGAGUACCGGUUGGUUUCCAUCUCUCCACUAAUCAUCAAGUACCUGAAAACUUGCGUCAAUCAAUGGGCGGACGGACAUUCGCUCGCUCACUUGUGCUCAUCUCGGAUUGGAUUCGAUCGAUUCCAGAAUUCUGGCAGCUGGAUGAAGUGGAUCGGGUGAAUCUCUGUUGUCAGCAAUAUCUCCGUCAAAUCAUCUUCAUUGAUUUCUACUACACUUACAAGUACAACUAUGACGGUUUCCUUGUUCUUCUUGGCACACGAGUCUCCAAACAUGAUCUACUAUUAUAUAAAGAUUUGGCGAACUCGAUGGGUUUUUUGAUUGAAUUCGGGCUUUCCACGAUCAUUCCCUCAAUGAAACGAGCCAAUAUUUGUGAUGAGGAAUUCGUUUUGCUCAGGAAUAUCAUUUUGUUCUCAUCGACAAUCGGCUUCACCGAUCAAAGCGCCACGGUGAUGCGAAAAGCUUUCUCUAAAUACUGUAGUAUGCUGUUUGAAUAUCAAAAGUCGAAGUUUGGUGACGAGACGAUAGUGAUCGAGAAGUUCACUGAAGCGAUGGCACAUCCAAGUUAUUUGCAGGGUAUUAGCCAGAAACUCUACGCUCAAUUCGGGAAAGCCGUUCUCUGUAAAGAAGCCGGUCUCUUCGGGAAACUCGCUGAAGAAGUUUUUCGCAAAUCU